AUGAUUGCCCUCUCCUGCAGUAAAAUAAAACAUCAGGCAUACAGAAAGCUGGCCAAGGAGUACCACCCUGAUAAGAAUCCAAAUGCAGGAGACAAAUUCAAAGAAAUAAGCUUUGCUUAUGAAGUUCUGUCAAAUCCUGAGAAACGUGAAUUAUAUGAUCGAUAUGGAGAACAGGGCCUUCGAGAAGGCAGCAGUGGAAGUGGUGGAAUGGACGAUAUUUUCUCCCACAUUUUUGGUGGUGGAUUGUUCAGUUUCAUGGGUAGUCAGAGCAGAAGUCGCAAUGGUAGAAGAAGAGGAGAAGAUAUGAUGCAUCCACUUAAAGUGUCUUUAGAAGAUCUAUAUAAUGGAAAGACAACUAAACUACAGCUUAGCAAGAAUGUCCUUUGUAGUUCAUGUAAUGGUCAAGGUGGGAAGUCCGGAGCUGUUCAGAAGUGUAGUGCUUGUCGAGGUAGAGGUGUGCGUAUCAUGAUCAGACAGCUGGCUCCUGGGAUGGUUCAACAGAUGCAGUCUGUGUGCUCUGAUUGCAAUGGAGAAGGUGAAGUUAUUAAUGAAAAAGACCGUUGUAAAAAAUGUGAAGGGAAGAAGGUGAUCAAAGAAGUAAAGAUUCUUGAAGUCCAUGUAGAUAAAGGCAUGAAACAUGGGCAGAGGAUUACCUUUACUGGAGAAGCAGAUCAGGCCCCAGGAGUGGAACCGGGAGACAUUGUCCUCCUACUCCAGGAAAAGGAGAAUGAGGUCUUCCAGAGGGAUGGAAAUGACUUGCACAUGACACAUAAGAUAGGACUUGUUGAAGCACUGUGUGGAUUUCAGUUCACAUUUAAACACUUGGAUGGACGUCAGAUUAUGGUAAAAUAUCCUCCUGGAAAAGUAAUUGAACCAGGUUGUAUUCGUGUAGUUCGAGGUGAAGGAAUGCCACAAUAUCGCAAUCCCUUUGAAAAAGGAGAUCUUUACAUAAAGUUUGAUGUGCAGUUUCCUGAAAAUAACUGGAUUAGCCCAGAAAAACUCUCAGAACUUGAAGAUCUUCUGCCAGCUAGACCAGAAGUUCCCAGUGUAAUUGGUGAUACAGAAGAAGUGGAUCUUCAGGAAUUCGAUACUACUCGUGGAUCAGGUGGUGGCCAGAGGCGUGAAGCCUACAAUGAUAGUUCUGAUGAAGAAAGCACUCAUCAUGGACCUGGGGUACAGUGUGCCCAUCAGUAAACAUUUGUCUAAAAAGUUGCACAAGGAUUCUUUCCAGUUUUGCCUGACUUGUUUUCAGCAAUCCAGCUGGAUUGUAUAAGCAAUCCAGAUGAACCGAUGGACAUCUAUUGCUGUAUGUGUAACUUUUAAAUUGGUCUAUAGUAUCUACAGAGUGUAUAAUUUAAACUAACCACAAAGCUUACAUCUUCAUUUUGACUGUUCUGUAGCAGAAUAAAGCACUUGAAAGGAAGACGAGACUCCUUUUCACAUGGGUUUUAAGUUUCAGUCCUCGUAUCUGUGCUUGAUUUUUACCAGUUGUGUAGAUUUUAAGUUUCAUAUUUUAAAUUCAAAUUCUACAUUGUAAAGUUUGUGUACAACUUGUCCUGAGGCUUGGUAUUUGGCUGCACCUGCGUAAGCUGCUACAAAUAGAAUAAAGAAUUUCAUAGCCUGUAUCUAUCAUUUUAGAUGCAUGGUAAAUAAAUGGGCUUUACACAUAGUGGGUUUAGAGCUGACUGGGAACAACGGAAGAUUAAAUUAGAAGUGGUUGUAAAAGUUUUUUACCAUCUUGUGAGGUUUCCGAAAGUAAAUAAAAGCCGUUGGUGUAUAAUAUA